CAUUCGGCUUGUGGAGAUAGAGAGGAUAGCGUUCUAGACUCUGCCUUGCGCUUUUACCGAAUUAUUUUCUGGUCUACAUUUUGCCGGGAGGUUUUUCUGAAGCACACGUGUUUAAAUUAUUUUAUUACAAAAAGGUGUAUGUUUUAGUAUUUAAGAUUUCUUUUUCAUUUAUCUAAAAGAAUGGUGAGCGUUGUUGGAAAAUGGAAGAUAGAAAAAUCGGAAAACUUUGAAGAAUAUAUGAAGGCAAUAGGUGUUAGUGACGAUAAACGGGCGGACGCUCACAAGUAUCUGUCCGACGGCUCCGGAAUGACCCAGGAGUUCACGGCGGACGGUGAUACGUGGACGAUGACGUCUUCAACCGUAAUGGGCGCAAAGUCUCUGACCUUCAAGCUAGGACAGGCCAUUGACUCAAUCACGCUUGAUGGACGAAAAGUGAAAGUUGUGUUUUCUGUUGACGGAGACAAACUGGUAGAGAAGCAGUCCGGAGAUGGUUUUGAGUGUCAACACGUGCGCCAGGGGUCUGGGGGCACGCUAACCAUGACCCUGACUGGAGGCGGGCAGACUUGUAUACGGACAUUUGUGAAAUCGUGACCAAUUAAAGCCAUUCCUUAUUUAAAUAACUUUGACGGCCUGUCGGUAUUUAAAUACCUUAUUAAAACAGUUCUUAGAGAACCAAUACCUGAUUCAACACAACGUAACAAUUAUAUAAAGCUGCCAAAUGCAUCACAAUGCUUUUGAACCAAUAUUGAAUGUGUCUGGAUGAUCAAACUACAAAGGCUUUAGAUACAUUAAUGUGCUAUUUUUUAUACUGUGUUCAGUGCUUUAACUGUUUUUGUUAGCAAUGCUUUGUUAUGCACUAUGUUUUAAUGUAAUUAUUAUUGUAAGCUAAACCAAUAAAAUUACAAAAACAUAAUAUUUAAUUUAGUUAAGACUAUAUUUAUCUUACAUCAACUGUGAAUAAUUUGUACCAACUUAUGCUAAGCCACUCUCGUUUGAAAGAGAGAGUUGUCUUUUUGUUUAUUGGGAAUCAGAGAAGCCGGUAAAGAACUUGCUCGGUUUGAUGACCACAAGCCAGAAUCAUUUUAAGACCCGAUGGAAUAGCUAACAAAUUGGACCCACGUGAUCAAACAUGCGUUUGAUGUCAUCAUACUUUCAUGUUUUGUCUAUACAUUUGUAUUCACUAAUUACAAUGAUUUGCAAGGCAUGAUCGAUAACCAGCCAUCGUUCACUUUCAGUUUUUACGUAGUCUGUUCUUUUUCUUUGAGCGUUUGGUUUAAUAGCUACCUUACUUCUUUGCAUUGAGUUUGGCUUUAUACCUUGACCAUUUGCGUAAACUAUCCUGAUCGCGCAUUUCACUUUGCAGGCAUGGCUCUAGAAUUGUCCUUGUUUGAAAAUAUUCAUUUUGUUCACUUUUCAUUUCAAGUCUUGUUUAUGGUCCUUA